CUCGAAUUCCACCCACCCACGUCCACAACUAGCCCAUAGUUAGGCACGGCUGGAAGGGAGAUGAACGAUUACCGGCCGUGAACCGUCUUUCCCAUUGGGGCGUAGCUGCACCGCGCCCUCGAGCCAACCGGCGCAAAGUCCCGCUUUCGGAACACUACGCGAACCCAGCUCUCGGGAUCUUCCCCAGAUCCAGAACACAUCCGAACGCCACCCACCUUGACCACCUCCACGACCACCACCUCCCUCCCUAAAAGCAAAAUGGCAUGCAAAUCAAAAAACGGGAACCACACACCCCCUUCUGCGAGGGCCAGAGUUCAAUACAUAGCGGCCCUUGGCCCCCCCACCCCCCGGCUGAAAUUAUUGAGACUGCGACGGCAACAAAGGGUCACAUCUUGAGUUCGAAGUCCGGCCGUAACGACCACGACCACAGCAAAAGACGAUAAACAGCAAUCAUGAGCUCAAAGGCUACCACCAUCGUAGACGCGGACGACGGUGCGCUCUCGGUCUCCCCCUCGGCCAUCGAUCUCGAGGCAACUACUGUCCGGGGCUCGAACGAUGAUAGCUCGACAUCCCAUGCGAAGGUCGCCGUCGGCCUCGACUGGGACUGUCCUGAGGAUCCCGAUAAUCCGUGGAACUGGCCAAUGCGAAAGCGAUGGUUCGGGACCAUCGUUCCUGGUGCUCUGUGUUUGCUCGUUACAUUUACAUCCUCCGUCUACGCAGCAGGCGUCUAUGAAGUCUCCGAAGAAUUUAACGUGUCCAUCACCACCGCGCUGCUGGGUGUGUCGAUGUACGUGGUCGGUCUCGGGCUCGGGCCCAUGUUCUCGGCGCCGUUGUCCGAAGUCUUCGGGCGGAAGAUGGUAUACUUUGUCAACCUGCCCAUAUUCAUGCUCUUCUCGAUGGGCGCCGGCUUUGCCAGGAACAUGGAGACGCUUGCCGUGUGCCGAACCUUCGCGGGCAUUUUCGGUGGUCCUGCCCUCGCGGUCUCGGCAGGCUCGUUUGUCGAUAUUUGGGAUCUCAAGACCUCGGGCUCGGCGGUGACGGUGCAGGCUUUCGCAACGUUCAUGGGACCAGCACUCGGCCCCGUCGUGGGAGGCUACCUCGUCGACGGCAUGGGCUGGCGCUGGACCAUGUGGAUCGUCACCAUUGGCGGCGCUGCGCUCCUCCUCCCCCUGGCUCUACUCGAGGAAUCAUACAAGCCGGUAAUCCUCAAACGUCGAGCACUCGCGCGGGGGCAAACCCUGCCGCCCAAACUGGACCCCAAGACGGCAUUGAAAAUGAUCUUCACCAUCACCCUUGCGCGGCCCACCCUGAUGCUAUUCAAAGAGCCGAUCGUGCAAGCCGUAGCGCUAUACUCCUCCUUCGCGUUCGCAGUGCUCUUCGGCUUCUUCGAGGCGUACCCCUUCGUGUUCCAGCGCGAGUACGGGAUGAACCUUGGCGAGACCGGCCUGUGCUUCUUGGGCAUUGCGGUAGGUUUGUGUCUGGGCUGUAUCAUAUACCUUAUCCAAGACAGGAUCUUCUACGUCCCCGCACAUCGCGCACACCAUGGCUCCCCGCCCCCGGAGAUUCGAUUGAUCCCCGCCAUGAUCGGAUCUGGGCUCAUGCCCGUCGGCCUGUUCUGGUUCGCCUGGACCGCCAGAUCGGAUAUUCACUGGAUUGUCCCGUGCAUCGCCGGUGUGCCGUUUGGCGCCGGAUUGGUCCUUGUCUUCCUCUCGGCCGUGAUGUACAUCCUAGAAGUGUACACGCCGCUCGUCGCCGCGUCGGCCAUCGCCGCGCUCGGGCUGCUGCGCUACGUACUGGCCAUGGCAUUCCCGCUGUUCACAGUCGACAUGUUCGAAAACCUCGGCAUCGCCUGGGCAACCAGCCUGUUCGGCUUCAUCGCGCUGACGAUGAUGCCGAUUCCGUGGGUGUUUAAGCGCUGGGGGCCGGAGAUUAGGAGGAUGUCCAAGUUUGAUGCGUUGACGGAUUGAGCUGUGUUUGUACGAGGCGGUGAUAAUGGAGGCGGGUGUUUGGUACGUGUACAUAAUUAUGGGUUUUCUUUUUUCGGAUUUGGUAAGGGUUUUAUGUUGUGCUGUUAUGUUUGGUAUGU